AUGUACAUGGUCUACAUCCGACCGCUGACGGAUCGCUGGGAGGCGGAUAGAUGGGAGCUAUAUGGCAAGAUGGCACCGCCGAGCGACUUUAUCUGGCAUAACGAGACGGGGCCAUGGGAGAGCAGUCGAUCACGCUCUAAGACUGGCGCCAUAUCGCUAUCGCUAUCAGCAAGAAGCAUGCUCGCGACCGGGGGGCCGCUCGGGCAGACUUUGAGGACGGCGACGACGAUGACGAGUCGGAGUACCGCCAACUAUGGUGUCACGAUCGAUGUGCUGAAGCGCUUGACGGCCGAGUCUCUGGACAUAUUCGGGCAGGUGAGCCGUCGUUGGCACAAGUUCCUCGGCUGCGACGCGCAGCAGCAAUCGGCCUUGGAGCCGCCGCUGUUAACUUCGUCCUCGAAGCGCAAGGGUGCGGCCGAGUCUGGCGGCGAGGAGAAGAAGUGCUACCCUCCCCGGAAGCGGGCUAAGAUCGCCUCGCUCGAGACGCUAAGGGCAGUUUCGGUCACCCCAGCAAGAAGAGGCCGUCAGGUUGGCCGCGGCGAAGCAGAGCCCGCUGGUUGCCGUGCUGCUAACGGGCGGCGGGAAGAGCUUGGUCUUUAUGGUCCCGGCUAUGCUAGCAGGUGCAGGCGUGACCAUCGUGGUGGCUCCGUUCGCCGAGUUGAAGAGGCAGCUGGUCACACGCUGCGUCGAUGCCGGCCUAGACUGCAAGUCCUGGCCCGAGGCGCGUGA